CCGCCGCCAGCCCACUAUCUCUUCCUCCUUGGGAUCCCCCUCCCGAUCCAAAACCACCAACCACAGCCGCCCCCGCUCCUCCUCAGUUUCCACACCCAACCAAUCAGUGCCUCCCCUGGAUCCCGUCGUCCACCCAACCAGCACAGCCACCAGACCGGAGCAAGCCGGGCUCCUCCUCUGCUUCUUCCUCUCAAGCCGCCCGAACCAGCACCUUCCUCCUCGACCUCCCGAGUUGUCCGCCUCCAUCUUCCCGUUCAUGCAGGGCAGGCGAGACGCCCAGGUCACGUCGCUGCCCCUCUGCGCCUUCUCUUUCCUUUCCUCCUCACGCUGCUCUUCCCUUCUUCCCCUGGUUCUUCCCGUUGACCCCUGCCUCUCCGUGUAACCUCCCUCUCUCGUCGUCUUCACAGGUGGAGCUCCGUCUGCGCCAUGGAUGCCCUGCCUCGCCGGAGAUCCUCGCCUUCCGCCUAGAUCCGCUGCACCGCCGCGGUUCCCCCUCGCCGUCCCCCAGCCUCGCCCGCAUCAGGAUCCGCCGGAUCCUGGCCAUUCCUUCGUCGAGAACAUGCGCCGCCUCCUUCAGCUUCACCCGCGCGCCACCUCGCCGGAGAACGCCGUCACGCGCCCGGAUCCGCUCGUCUCCGCCGCCUCCUUGUGUUCCCUGCGUAGUCAUCGUCCCCUGUCUCACCUGAAGCCACCGCGCCCGGCUCCAGUCUCUGCAUCGAGCAGAGAAGGGCGACGCCUGCUGCCUCGUGCCUCCUCGUCGCGUGCGUGGGCUGCAAGGGCGCCAAGGCCCAGCGCGUCUCCAGCCCCCACUUCGCCUUGCCUCCCCUAUCCACCGAAUGGGCCAAGGCCCAUGUUCCGGUUACGUUGCGAUUAUGAGGAUUCAUUCGACUACGUUGGGUGUUAAUCAAAACAUGAUCACACCUUAGUACUCUUUGGGUGUUAAUCACAUGGCGAUGAGAACUACAUUACUGACUCUAGUAAACCCUUUGGGUGUUGGUCACAUGACGAUGUGAACUAUGGGUGUUAAUCACAUGGUGAUGUGAACUAUUGGUGUUAAAUCACAUGGCGAUGUGAACUAGAUUAUUGACUCUAGUGCAAGUGGGAGACUG